CAAGGCCGGGUUGAAAUCCCAGCUGAUACCUCGGGCACGUUGACUUUUCCCGGAAGAGCUUGAGAGAGUGAAGCACAAGCAAUAGCUAUUAUUCUUUGUCCCCAAAGUCAGUCUCGGAUUUGCGCCCGGCGUGGCUGGGAGAGCCGACCUUCUCAGUGAGUUCGAGUUAGGUUCUUGCCUGAGGUUUCUUUCCCUUUUGCUUCUUCGCACCCCUCUCCCUCUUCUUCUUUUAAAGUAAAAACCCUGAGGCCUGAGAGGGGGCCCUGAUGCUUUCUCCCAGGGUAGAGGAGUCUCAGCCCCGGUGGACCCGGCCAGCCUGUCUGCUCAGGAAGCCUUGUCCUCGGGGGAGGACUUGUCCUCGGAGGGGUAGGGGGAGGAUUGUCCGUAUCCGUCCGGGUCUAAUAGAGACCAAACCCCAGACAACAGCUUCCCUGCAGGGGUGUCCAGCCAGAGGCCAAGAUGUCCUCAGUGGGGAAGGUGACCCAAAUUCCCAGCGGGAAGGUCUACCAGCAGAUCUUCGAGGCUGAGGUACAGCUGGUCCACUCCCUGGCAUCCACCAGGAAGCGAGCUAUGGAGCGUUCCAUGGCCCCAAAGGAUGGCAGGAAGCUCUUGAUGAAGAAGAUGGAUAUUCGUGAAGGAGAGAUGAUGUCUCCUCGGCAGCGGAAGUGGGUGCACAGCCUACCCAAUGACUGGGUCACAGAAAACCCUGUUCUCUACAGGGAAAAGGAAAUAGCCAAGAAGGAAAAAGCUCAAGAGAGUGAGAACAGCAUUGCUGCCAGAGAAGUGCGGGGCCUCACAGACACCGCCGUUUCUGAGAGGAUCAGCACCAUCACCCUUCAAGGGCGAGAGGAUUACAAGAGGAGAGGCUGUGAGAGUGCUCUGGCGAGCUUUAAGGAGGAGAUCGCUCAGAUUGGGAUGGAAAUGGAACCUCUCAUCUUGGAGCCAGGAGCCCGUCUUUUAAAAAAGCUGGCUGAGUCUGACGAAGACAUCAACAAUCUCUUCGAAAAGGUGGAAAACGACAGCAACCUUGAAGAUUACACCAUCCAAACCCUGUUGGAGCUGCGGGAUCAGGUGGCCGAGAAAUUCCUGCUCCAGAAGCAGGAGAUCAAGGAGCUGGACAAGACGCUGCACUCGCUUGAGUUCUCCCGGGCAGAUAAACUAAAAAGUGUGUUGAAGAAAUAUGUGGAAAUCAUAGAGAAAACUUCCUACCUCAUGCAGCACGACGUGUACAGGCUGAUCAAUAAAGAAGCCAUGAUCAUAAACCACGCCCUGCUGGGCAACCGGAGGGCCCUCGCCCAGCUGUUUGUCAACCUGAUGGAGGCCACGCUGCAGCAGGAGCUCGAUGGCCACCGCCGCUGGCAGGGCCUGCUGGAUGCCUGGAAAGCUCUCAGGAAGGAGGACCUGGUGCAGGGUUUCAGUGAGUUCAUGGCCAGUGAAAGGAUCCAGACUCCUCCUGCUGUGAAGAUGGAGUUGGAGACCAUGUUUAAGAACCAGAGCGCCCUACAGCAAAAGCGGCUGGACCAUCUCUGCACCAUCUGUGACCUCCUGCCCCCCAAUUACAGCAAAGCUCAGCUGACUGAAUGGCGUUCUACUCUCAACUCCUUGAAUAAACACCUCGACGCCUACCACAUGGACUGCAUGAUGCGGGUCCGCUUGCAGUAUGAGAAGACCUGGCAGGAGUGCCUGGCCCAAGUGCAGAAGUGCAAGAAGCAGCUGCUGGACUGGAAGGCCUUCACUGAGGAGGAAGCAGAGAGCCUGGUGAGCCCGUCCUUCUUCCAGAUGGUGGGAAAUCUCCAGAGCAAGGUGGAGGAGGAGCUGGAGGUGUUGGAUAAAUCCUUCGAGGCCGUGGCGAAGCAGACAGAGCGGCAGAGCUCAGGUCUCUUCAGCUAUUUCCAGGAGGCUGUGCAGCUGUGGGAGGUGCAUCGGAGCAUGCUGCCGAUGCAGGAGCUGGAGCUCGAGAAGAGGAUGGAGCGGCGGCGGCAGAAGCACAGCUGCGAGAGCCAGGCCCAGGAGGCUCACCUCGAUAAGCUCUUGGACCAACUGAGGCAGCAAAGCUGUGAGAAUACCCUGAAGUUACACCUGGAAAAGGCCAAAGAUUUUCUGAAGAAUAUGAAAAGCAGGUAUGAGAGUUUUCAUGGCCUCCUGACAAAGGAAGUGAUGGAGUACCCAGCGAUCAUACUGAAGGAACUCAACUCCUACAGCUCCACCCUCAGCCGACACUUCUGUGUUCGUGAAAUCUUUGAACAGAACUUGGAGGGUGAAGUCAUUUUCCGAUUGAGGGCACCAGAACCACAUGAAAAGCAAUUCCAGGAGAGAAUGAGAAAACUGAGGGGAAAACAGAGGCCUAAAGCAGACACAAGCAAAGGUGAGGAAAGCCUAAGUAGGGAAACGAGUUCCCUCAGGCCGGCGGAAGAGAUAGAAGAAGAAGAUGGAGAAAUCGAGUCCCCCACCACUCAAGAGGUGGUAGUAAGCCCACAGGAAAAGUCUGUACUGAGUGAAGAGAUGGAUGAGUCCAGAGAGGACUCUAUUCCGGGAUUAGAAGAAAUGCAGGUUGAAAGAGACAGCUCCUUAAAAUCACCCCCGAACCAGGCAAACAUGAUGGUUCAUGAAGAAGAAGAGGAGGAGAAGAAGGAAAAGGUGGAGGAGGAGAGGGAGGAGGAGGAGGAAGAGGAGGAAGAGGAGGAGGAGAAGGAAGAGCGUGAGAGUUCAUCUAUGGAUGAGGUCAGAGCCCAGGAAGAGAGUCUGGGAGCGGUCUCCCACGAGGAAAUGGAGUCCUUCACAACCUCCAGUGGGAACACUUACUUUGUCUUCCUGCCCCUGGAACAAGAAGAGAGUAGCAAGAGGCCCCAUUCCAAUGUUUCUGCCAUUCUCUUCAAUGACAGUUCCAGUGCCAAGGUCCUAGAACAAGUGAUCAUUCCGUCCAGACUAGUUUUAGAAAUUAAGAAACAGCUUCGAGCUGGCUUUUUUGAGCACUUAGAGAAGUGGUUUGACCAAUGUGCCCUCAAUGCCCGGGUCAUCGUGGCCACCAAGAUUGAUGAGCUGGAUUCAGAACUGGAGCUGCGUCUGCACCUGCACCAGCCAAGAGCCCAGCUCAUUGAAAAGGACAUCCACAACAUCAGGGCAGGCGAACUCUUGCUUCACCAAGAGCGGCUGGACAGCCACUGUGCGGGGGUGAUGGAGACGCUGAGGAAGGAGAGGAUGAUGUUCUGCCAGUUCCAAGAGGAGCAGAACAUGAGGAGCAGAAACUUCCGGCGCAAGAUUUACGACAUGGAGCACAUCUUCUUGAACGCCACCAAGAGCCAGAAGCUGGUCACUCUCAGCAGCACUCUGCACCGGGAACUGCUCAGCUACGUCGACGUCUUCCAGGUGUCCCUGCGCAGCUUCCGCCAGUACCUGGAGGAGAGCCUGGGCAAGCUUCGCUACACCAACGUUGAGUUUGUCAGGCACUGCAGAUUGUUCUCAGAGGGAGGCAACUUUUCUUCUGAAGAAAUUGACUCACUGUGUCAUCGACUGGAGAAGGAAGCUGCCCGGAUAGAGUUUGUUGAAAAUUUAAUCAUGAUCAACAUGGAGAAGAUGGAGAGCGAGUACCUGGACCAGGCUAAUGAUGUCAUCAACAAGUUUGAAAGUAAAUUCCAUAACCUGUCUGUGGACCUUAUUUUCAUAGAGAAAAUCCAGCGGUUGCUGACAAAUCUACAAGUGAACAUCAAGUGCGAGGUGGCAAAAUCCAAUUUGCAAACAGAUGGAUUAAAUUCUUCUCUGGAACAGCUUCAAAGCAAGGUACAAAUGUGCCGAAGCUCAAGGGGAGAUGAAAAAAUAGUGACCACGGAAGACCUCCUUGGCCUUGUUCGAACUUGGAAAGAAAAACUGAGCCAGAGGAUUCAGUAUCUCAACUGCAAGCUGGACAUGGUAUCCGUGACUCAAGUGGUCUUUACCGACAACAUCUUGACCAACCUGGAGGUAGAGAGUGACAUCCUGGUGUCUUCAGAAGCCCAUGAAGAAGAGGCCAAGGUAGACGUGGUCACCCCCGAGUCCUUCACCCAGCCAAGCCGCAUGGGGAAGUCCAUGAUUGAAGACCCAGCUGUGGUGGUGGUCAGGAGGAUCCUGCAAUUUCCUGACUCAAAAUGUCCAACCCAGCAGUGUGACAAAGAGCGGUCCCAAACAGGCUUGAAGCGACUCCGGAACCGGGCAGAGCACUCCGUGAAGAAGGGCUUGUCCACUGCCAGUGCCACUUUGGCAGCGAGCAUCACACGGUAUGCCAAGCCCAACAGACUAGACAGAAAGUACCAGGUGCUCGGAGACAAGCCACCUCCUCCGGCGGAGGAUUUUAAAGGCAUCAUCCUGAGCCUCCUCUGGGAGAGCAACGAGCACCUGCUGACCGUGGUGGAGGAGUUUUACCGCAAAGAGAAGCGCUCAAUCACCAGGCCCGACUGCAUGUACGAAACGUUUGACCAGUGCGCAGAGAACAUCUGCAAGAAGAUCCUGGAGUACCACAGCCAGGCUGAUGAGUACCACAACUCCUGCCUCAUAGAAUUACGGGCCCAGAUGAGGAGAUUUGAGGAGCUAUUGCCCCAGGUGUGUUGGCUGGUGAUGGAAAAUUUCAAGGAGCACCACUGGAAGAAAUAUUGCACCUCCACCGAAGAGAUCCGGGGACAGUUCUCGAAUUAUCAAGAACAGCUGGAGAGAAGGAAGGAUGAAAAUGCCCAGAAGCUCCACCCAAAUCUCGGACACCCCACACAUCUCCAAGAAAUGGAGUCUCUGUGUCAAGUGGAAGAGAAAAGGCAGGAAGAUUUGGACACCUUGAUUGCGGUGACCAGGGAGCAGCUGGAGGAAUUCACCCGGAAGUACAGCCGGUUUUUCAUAGCCAGCUUGGCCACCUUCACUGAGAAGUUCCUGCUGCAGUUGGAUGAGGUGGUCACCAUUGACGAUGUCCAGGUUGCAAAGAUGGAGCCCCCGAAACAGAAAACAUCAAUCCUAAUACGGAGGAAACUCACCGGGCUGUCCCUGGAGGAAGAGAGUGAGAAGCCCCUGAUUGAACGGGGGAGCAGGAAGUGGCCGGGAAUCAAACCCACCGAAGUCACCAUCCAACACAAGAUUCUCCUCCAGAAAACACCAUCAAUCACCACCACCAAAACGACCCUGGGCCACCUGGCAUCCGUGGAAGCCCGAGAUGCUGUCUAUUUGAAAUAUUUAGCGUCAUUUGAAGAGGAGGUGAAGAAGAUCCAGGACGACAACACACUGCAGGUGAAAGAGGCUCAGCGCUGGAAGGACAGCUGGAAGCGCUCUGUGCACACCAUCCAGGGCCUGUACUUGUGACACCCUCAACCCACUCCCAAUAAAGGCUUAUUUUGUGUGGA